UUAUAAUAUCUUUAAUCGCGGUACUGUGGUAGUAAGUACUAACUAUAUAGUGGCGUACUGCUAGACUAAUAUUAUUAUUAUUACUAUUAUUGUAAUAAUAUUGUCAUUUGUCACGGCUUUGAUAAAUAAUUAGUAAUUGCACACAAGUUCGACGAUCGGUGUCCACGCGCUACGCAUGUCGCAUGUUGAAGUUCAGUAUAACAUCGUGAGAGCCGUGCGGUCGAACGUAGGACGAAAAUGUGAACAUUUCUAUUUGAAAAAAAAACGAUUAUAAUAUCGAUAAAAUUUUUUAAAUUUCUUGUUCGCUAACCCGCGCACUAGUGGUCUCGUGGAUACCAUGAAAUAACAGGCGCCCCGGUGUUUGCGGUGCACAUAAUACGUAUUAUUGAUAUAUUAUAUUAUAAAUAAUAUUGUAAAAUGUCUGGCCGCAAUAAUAAGAGACCGUCGGGGCUGAGGGUUCUGAUCCGCGACGAGCCGACUGUUGUUAACCUGCCUCGAAACCUGGAUAAACGCACCACGAUUACGAUCGGAGACCAGGAAACUACAGUCGAGGCAAGCGACCUGCAGAAAAUUUGUGAUCUCGGACGCGGUGCCUAUGGCAUUGUGGAAAAAAUGAGGCACAUACCUUCCGGCACGAUCAUGGCUGUCAAGAGGAUAGCUGCUACAGUAAACACCCAAGAGCAGAAACGACUUUUAAUGGAUCUGGAUAUAUCUAUGCGGUCGUCCGCUUGUCCACAUACAGUGCAGUUUUAUGGGGCACUAUUCAUGGAGGGUGAUGUAUGGAUAUGCAUGGAAGUAAUGGAUACUUCACUAGAUAAGUUCUAUGCCAAAGUGUACAAGUUUGGACGAAAGAUUCCUGAACAAAUUCUUGGACCUAUCACUGUAGCGGUUGUUAGUGCCCUUCAUUAUCUGCAUUCUCAAUUGAAAGUUAUACAUCGUGAUGUAAAGCCAUCUAAUAUUUUAAUUAAUCGUAAUGGCAAUGUAAAAAUGUGUGAUUUUGGUAUAUCCGGGUAUCUUGUUGAUUCUGUGGCCAAGACUAUUGAUGCAGGAUGUAAACCUUAUAUGGCGCCUGAACGAAUAGAUCCCACUGGAAAUCCAUCAAAUUACGAUAUACGUAGUGAUAUAUGGAGUUUAGGAAUAUCUCUUGUAGAACUUGCUACUGGUAAGUUUCCAUAUGAUACGUGGGGUACUCCAUUUGAGCAGCUCAAACAAGUGGUCAAAGACGAACCACCGAGGCUGUCUACCGGUAUGUUCACAUCAUACUUUGAGGAUUUUAUUUGUCAAUGUUUAAAAAAAGAUUUUCGUAGCAGACCAAAUUACUCUCAACUACUUGCCCAUCCAUUUUGUCUUGCUCACCAACAACCGCAGACAGCAUUAGUUGCAUCUUUUGUGUCUGAAAUUUUAGACUUGCCUGAUUUGCCUGUGUCAGGCUAAAUUAUUAUGGCAAUUAAUCCACUAACAAUAAUAUAUUUAUAACAAUAUUUGUAAUAUUGUGUAUAAACUAUAAUUCAAUUGAAGUUUAUUUCACAUAAUAUUUAAAUUAUUAUUAACAACUUUUAUAUUGGUAAAUUUGUUAUUUACCAAUAAGUCAUAAGUAAUAAUAUAAUGUCGAAGAUAGUUUAUUAAAGUAUUUUUAAUAUUAUUUGUAUGAUAUUAGUUGUAACGAGUGAUUUGUGUUUUAGAAGAUCUUGGUUUAUAGAUUUUUGUGUUUUCUUUUGUUUUCUUUUUAUAUAAUUGCAUCAAUUCUUAAAAUGUAAGGGUUACCCGACUAAUACUUUAGUACUUAGCACAUUGCUAUCUAACCGUUAGUUUUGUUUUAUGUACCAUAGUGUUUUCAUGUGAUAAUGUUAAAAAAGCGAAUCAAAAAUCUGUACCUGUUUAUAUUCUACCAUAUUAGUGCAAUAUAUCUCCUCUCGCAUAAAUUA